ACAACACUCUUAUUGGUGAACAGUGCCGUCGCUCGGGCGGUGGCGGGCUCCGGGAUUGGCGGGUGCUGGGCGGGCGGUGUCAGGCUCUCGGUGGCGGCGGAGGCGGCGGAGGCCAGGGAGGAAGAUGUCGUAAUGAGCGAUCCACACACCAGCAUGGCUGCCACUGCUGCUGUCAGUCCCAGUGACUACCUGCAGCCCGCUGCCUCCAGCACCCAGGAUUCCCAGCCGUCUCCCUUAGCCCUGCUUGCUGCAACAUGUAGCAAAAUUGGGCCUCCAGCUGUUGAGGCUGCUGUGACGCCGCCUGCUCCCCCACAGCCCACACCACGGAAACUGGUCCCUAUCAAACCUGCCCCUCUCCCUCUCAGCCCCGGCAAGAAUAGCUUUGGAAUCUUGUCCUCCAAAGGAAACAUACUUCAGAUUCAAGGGUCACAACUGAGCACAUCCUAUCCUGGGGGUCAGCUGGUGUUCGCCAUCCAGAAUCCCACUGUGAUUAACAAAGGGACCCGAGCAAAUGCCAACAUCCAGUACCAGGCAGUCUCUCAGAUUCAGGCGAGCAGUGGCCAGACCAUCCAAGUACAGCCCAAUCUCGCCAACCAAAUCCAGAUCAUCCCUGGCACCAACCAAGCCAUCAUCACCCCCUCACCAUCCGGUCACAAGCCUGUCCCCAUCAAGCCAGCCCCUGCCCAGAAGUCAAGUACAACUACCACCCCUGUGCAGAGCGGGGCCAAUGUGGUGAAGCUGACGGGUGGGGGUGGCAACGUGACACUUACUCUGCCUGUCAACAACCUUGUGAACACCAGCGACACCGGGGCCUCCACUCAGCUCCUCACGGAGAGUCCUCCCAUCCCGCUGUCCAAGACGAGUAAGAAAGCCCGGAAGAAGAGUCUUCCUGCUGCCCAGCCCUCGGUGGCCGUGGCUGAGCAGGUGGAGACGGUGCUGAUCGAGACCACAGCGGACAACAUCAUCCAGGCAGGAAACAACCUGCUCAUUGUUCAGAGCCCUGGCGGGGGCCAGCCAGCUGUGGUCCAGCAGGUCCAGGUGGUGCCCCCCAAGGCCGAGCAGCAGCAGGUGGUGCAGAUCCCCCAGCAGGCCCUGAGAGUGGUGCAGGCGGCAUCUGCCACCCUCCCCACUGUCCCCCAGAAGCCCUCCCAGAACUUUCAGAUCCAGGCGGCCGAGCCAACGCCUACUCAGGUCUACUUCCGUACGCCUUCCGGUGAGGUGCAGACGGUCCUUCUCCAGGACAGCUCCCCAGCAACAGCUGCACCCACCUCUGCCACCACCUGUAGCAGUCCUGCACCCCGUGCUCCCCAUCCGAGCGGGACCAGCAAAAAACACUCAGCCGCAAUUCUCCGGAAAGAGCGUCCCCUGCCAAAGAUCGCCCCCGCCGGGAGCAUCAUCAGCCUGAAUGCAGCCCAGCUGGCGGCGGCGGCCCAGGCCAUGCAGACCAUCAACAUCAAUGGUGUCCAAGUCCAGGGCGUGCCUGUCACCAUCACCAACGCCGGCGGGCAGCAGCAGCUGACGGUGCAGAAUGUUUCUGGGAACAACCUGACCAUCAGUGGGCUGAGCCCCACCCAAAUCCAGCUGCAGAUGGAGCAGGCCCUGUCUGGAGAGGCCCAGCCCGGGGAGAAGCGGCGCCGCAUGGCCUGCACAUGUCCCAACUGCAAGGAUGGGGACAAGAGGUCUGGAGAGCAGGGCAAGAAGAAGCACGUGUGCCACAUCCCCGACUGUGGCAAGACUUUCCGGAAGACAUCCUUGCUGCGGGCCCACGUGCGCCUGCACACCGGCGAGCGGCCCUUUGUCUGCAACUGGUUCUUCUGUGGGAAGAGGUUCACACGAAGUGAUGAACUCCAGCGGCACGCUCGCACCCACACAGGGGACAAACGCUUUGAGUGUGCCCAGUGUCAGAAGCGCUUCAUGAGGAGUGAUCACCUCACCAAACAUUACAAGACGCACCUGGUCACGAAGAACUUGUAAGGCCCACUGAGGCGGGAAGCCCGAAGAUGCAACCCCCCUGGUGGAAAGGAGGCCCCGGCGGUCCUGGGCCUGCCCUCAGCCCCUCCCUCCUGUUUUGCAACUGUCCUCACAGGAAGGGGUUCUGCUGCCCCACACUCGCCUCUGCUGAAGCCCUUGGCUCUGCCCUGGCCCUUGCCUCUCACCAGACCGGGGACACUGGCUCUGCCCAAUGAGACGUUCUAAACCAGGACGAGUGGGAACCUUUAUUUCCAAAGGAAAAACAUGAAUUUCACUCCAUCGAGGAGCAAAGUGAGUCCUCCCCUCCCCCCCAACACUGCGAGAGUCGCAUCACCGUGCCAUGCCCCGCUCUCCUGCACCUCCCUGGCCCCGGGCCCUGCACCCAGGGCACCACCGGCACCCACCUCCUGCCAGGCUCAAGAGGCCACCUCCACUCCACAUGCCCCGCCCUGCCACAACUCUUCUCCAGCACAUUCCAACUUUCUAUUUAAAAAUGAAACUACCACGGACUCCCUGAUCCCCCUUUUUCUAUGGAGAACGUUGCCUUAUACUCUAUUUCAGAUAAUGAACACUGUGUAUUGUGUGUGCUUUAAAGUUUUAUUUAAUUGCUCCCUUCCUCCUAUACUUGUUACUCACCUCCCCCAUGCCUGCUUUCAGUUUAGGGUUUUGGGGGGGCAGUGAUGAGCAUAUGGGUGUUUUUUUCUCACUAGCAGUUCUCUUUUCUAAAUGACACAGCAUUUCAAUUUGAAUCUGGAUUCAGAUAAAAACUUCACAUCCUGAACCUUUCCGCUCUCCCUUCAUCUCACCUACCCCUACCGGCCCACGCUCUAGUUCUGUACAGUGUAUAUUGUAUAAUAGACAAUUGUGUCUACUACAUGUUUAAAAACAUAUUGCUUGUUAUUUUUGAGGCUUUUAAAUUAAUAAACAAAAUACAACUUUAUUUUUAGUUGUAACUGCUUGAGGUAUGUUUUAUGAUUGACAGAUUUGUUAUCCUUUAUUAACGAUGUACUUUGUUGUUCAGCAUUGGGCUGACAAAAAUUUUUUCUUGCUAAUAAAUUUAGUUGCCUGAGGCAAAAUCCGCAA